CUUCGUGUGUUUAUGUUUAGUUUGAAUCGAGCGCUCUUAACGAACGUAUUGCAAAGAAAAAAGUGAAUUUUUAUCGUGAAGAAAGAAUUAUUUUCUUUUUUGGAAUUUUAGCCGAAAAGAAAAUGGCAACAGCACUUCUGAGAAUGGGACUACGUACAGUAGUCUCGAAAGGUGUUUUUGAAAAAAGAUCUAUUCCAGCAAUUGGAAACGCCCUCAUUGAUGCUGAGCGGCGUCAUGUUCAACAAGAACAAAAAUUACAAUUUGCUGUAGCAAAACAUUACAUGAGCAGCAAGAGGAACGUUCAUCAUUCCAGAGCUACAGCAUCAUUGGACGAAGAAUCCGACAGUGACAGCGAUAGUGAUGAUGAACAAGAAAGGACUGAAUCAAAUUUCUGGAGAAGAAAGAUGAGGACGCUUCAUAGUCACUUGGAUGUCAAUAAAGACGGCGUUAUUAGUUACGACGACUUUAUGCUGCUUGGAGAAAGAUUUGCGAAUCUGGGACAUUUGACGAAUGAGGAGAAAAAGGAAUUCCAACAUGUUCUUAAUGAAAUAUGGGAAGAACAGUGGGGAGAAAUAAGUCCUUAUAAUCUCAUUGGUGUGGAACAAUACCUCGAAAGAAUGCACCACGUUCUUGAGGAUGAAUCUUUGAAAAAGAAAUGUCACAACUUCCUUCCUUUCCUCUUUAAAGCUGUUGACAGAAACAACAAUGGCGAAAUAUCAGUACAAGAAUAUCAAUUAUUCUUCGAGUGUCUUGGACUCUCACAUGAUGACGCUGUAAUAGCUUUCAGUCACAUUGACCAAGACGACGAUGGAAAAAUCAACUUGAAAGAAUUCGUGAAACAUGGACGUGAAUUUAUCGUAUCUCAUGAUCAUUCAAAACCCAGCAAGUAUUUUUGGGGACCACUAGAUGACUGAAGAAAUUUACAUUCUUUUAUAUAAGAAAAAAAAUUGUGAUAUUUACAUUUACGUAUAAUUAUACCACACCUGAUUUCGAAUGUAGUCCAUUAGCUAUGUAAGGUAGUUCUAAGUUAUUUGUAGGCGAUUUUUUUAUACAAAACACUCAAAUAAACGACUGAAAAUCA